ACCCCUCCACCACCAACACCGCCGCCACCGCUGCUGCUCCUGCUCUGCUUACGGGGCUAGUUAUGGAAGCACAGCCCAAACACUGACUCCUCUGCGGAACACUGAGCCGAGACUGCCCCCUCCGCCUGCACUGCACACUCCGGGGGGACUAUACACGGGACUAUUUUGGGAUUUCGGGACCAUUUGUGCUUUUAAAAACGUUAAGGGGCGUUUUUUUUCUGUCGCUACUCCCGGGCUAGCUAAGCGUGCUAACCGUAGCCUAGCAGCGAGGAGCAGCGCUGGACGGACUUCGCAUGGGUUGACCGCGGCGAUAAAACGUUGUAUCGCGGCUCGUUUGUCCCCCUUUCGCCUGUGUUCGGGCUCGGUUCCCUCACAUUUGGGAGUCUGUUACUCGAUGGAGGCUUUCCCUUUGGAUUUGAAAGCCUUUACAACGUGCACAUGCUGUUUUUUUUUGUUUUUACGCCAUCACCUUAUUGAUUUGGGAAGCCCACUGGCGGAGGAGCUAACAGGAUAUUAGCCACUUUUUCGCUUUGUGGUCGCAGGCCAUCAUGGAAGGCUGGUCUAAUGGCAGCUAAUAUUUAUUGCAAAGUGUUACCGAAAUGCAGAUGAAUUGAUGCAAAUGAACAUUGAUUUUCCAGACGAUCUUUUGGCCUGAAAUGCAUUGAGCGGUUGCCAGGUUGGGAUAGCAGGAGCAGCGCAGGAAAGCAACGGGGUCGCUUUAUCUGUUCCGUGGGUAAAAGUGCUCCUCCGAUCGGAUCUGAACCGCACAAAUGUCUGCCGCCAAGGAGAACCCAUGUCGGAAAUUCCAGGCGAACUUCUUCAACAAAAGCAAGUGUCAAAACUGCUUCAAACCCCGAGAGCUGCAUCUGCUCACGGACCAGGACCUCAACCAGGCCAAACCCAUCUAUGGAGGUUGGCUGUGCCUGGCCCCCGAGGGAACAGACUUCGACAACCCUAUGCAGCGAUCUCGGAAAUGGCAGAGGAGGUUCUUUGUGCUCUACGAACAUGGCUGCCUGCGCUUUGCACUGGAUGAAUCACCCAGUACACUGCCCCAGGGCACAGUGAAUAUGAACCAGUGCACAGAUGUGAUUGACGCAGAGCCCAAGACCGGGCAGAAGAACUCUCUGUGUAUCAUCACACCUGAGCAGGAGUACUUCAUCAGAGGGGAGAACAAGGAGAUCAUCAACGGAUGGAGUGAGCAGCUAUCGGUGUAUCCUCGCACCAACAAACAGAACCAGAAGAAGAAACGCAAGGUGGAGCCUGCAACCUCACAGGAGCCUGGCCCAGCGAAGGUGGCAGUGACGGGCUCAGGGAUCCCAGAGACGGAGAAGGGCCCAGACUCCAGCUCCAUCAUCUGGCAAGAAGAGCUGAGCCAGAGGGAGGCUGAUGGAACACCUCUGUGGGCCACUGCUGAUCUGCCCCCCACAGGUGCUGUUACUGUAUCCUCAGACCUCAGCUCUUUGAACGGUGAUGAAGUGGACCGCAGCUCCAGCCACGUCCUCCACGCCUCUGCUCCUCAGUCCUCCAGCGACCCGCUCUCCCCCACGGGCUCCUGCUCCAGCCUGGGAGGGGUACCCCGCUGCCUGUCCCCGGCCCCCAGCGACCCCUUCCCCUCGGGGAGCUCCCUGCUGUCCAACGGCUCCCACAUCAGCGGCUCGCUCAGCUCCCUGGACUCAGACGCCAGCGGCAGCACAGUGACCAGCGGGGAGGGCCACAGCCAGGCCUCGCACCGGGGCUAUCACCACGACACGCCCAGAGCCCGCAGGCUAGAGGCAGAGGCCCGCAAGGCUGAGAAGAGGAGCCGACACAAGAGCCCUGACAGGAAGGAUAGAGAGGCGCUCAUCAGCCCCGAGAGGAGUCGCUCCGGUGUGAUCGAGAAGCUGGAGGCCCUGGAACUGGAGAACCAGGAGAAGAUGGAGGUGGACGAGUGUGGAAGGAGUGAGGAGAGACAGGGCCGCAGCCAGCACAGACGUUUCCAUAGAGAGGAGCAAGGGCAGGACCCGGACUUCCCCUCCACUCUGCCUCCACUGAGGAGAGCCAAGUCCCUGGACAGAAGGACUACAGAGUCUGUCAUGACUCCUGACCUGCUGAACUUCAAGAAGGGCUGGAUGGUGAAACUGGAUGAACAAGGCCAGUGGAAAAAGUACUGGUUUGUGCUGACGGACCACAGCCUGCGCUACUACAAGGACUCCAUCGCUGAGGAGGCUUCUGACCUAGAUGGGGAGAUUGAUCUAUCCACUUGCUACAACGUUACAGAAUAUCAGGCUCAACGCAAUUACGGUUUUCAAAUUCAUACGCAGGAAGGGGUGCACACUCUGUCGGCCAUGACGGCAGGUAUUCGUAGGAACUGGAUCCAGGCGGUCAUGAAGAACGUCAGACCCUCCACUGCCCCGGAUGUUGCAAGCUCUACUGAGGACCACAGCUCGUUCUCUCCUCUGGAAGGUUUGGUGCGACCAGAUGUGACCCAGGACUCCCCUUCCUCUGAGACAUCCUCUGUAGACUCCCCAUCUGUGGCCAAAAGCAGGGCCAGGGAGCGGAGACGAGAGGGCAGGUCCAAGACGUUUGACUGGGCAGAGUUUAGACCCAUCGCCCAGGCUCUAGCUCAGCAGAGGGCUCAGGAAGCCGAGAGUCUACAGGCUGACCUGGGAGAGCUGGAGAAGAGCCGCCGCAGAGAAGAGAGACGCAAGAGGUAUGAGUCCAUGACCAGCUCUGUAGUGGACUCCGCAGAGGAAGUGAGGACUGAGCCAGGGAGCACAGGGGACAAUGGAGGGUCUGGCUCUUUGGAGAGGCAGCAGAGAGUGGAAGAGGUGAUCGAACAACACUGGAGACAGGUGGAGAAGACACCCAUCAGGGAGGAGAGGAGGGUGCCCCUAGCCCCAGCACAGCAGCACCGGCAGGCCUCGGAGCUGGAGCAUUUGCUGGACACCUACAAGCAAGGGAUGGAGGAGCUCAAGGCUCAGCUGGAGAGCUGUCAUCAGCAGCUCCUGGAGUCCAACAGGCACAAGGAGCAGCUGGAGCAGCAGCUGAGGAGUGCUCUGGAGAGGGAGCAGGACAUCCGCCCAGGCUACAUCUCUCCUCUGGAGCCCCCUUUGGGUCUGGAGGCCGAUGUGACGCCCCAGAUGAAGAAGAGCGAGCUGGUUAGUUCUCAGGCACAGAGCUUAACCAGGAAGUACCAGGAGACCAAAGAACUCCUGAAGCUGCAAGAGCUGAAAAAGCGCAGUAUGCAGGCACAGCUUGGCCUCACGCUUUCUCACCUGCCCAUUAAGGACACUUACUUUUCUGACACUCCUCCCCCUGAACCUGUUUUAAAAUCAAUUAGUCUCUUGCUACAUGAUAGCUCCGAGGCCAUUCAGGAACUGGAAGACAUGAUAACUGACAAAACUAUCACCACCAAGGAGCUGUCUUCCUUGCUCAAAUCGCAUAGCUGCAAUCGUGACAUACCCGACAGACUACAGCUCCAGAAGAUUUUGGAAAGCUGGAAAUGCCAACAGGAAAUCACAAACGAGACUAUCAGGAAGAAUUUAGCCAAGGCAGGAGAAAGCAUCCGACAGUACGAAGCGCGUCUUUUAACCAUGGAGGAAGCGGUUGGCAAAGUCCAGAGGCAAAGCUUUGAAGGCCUCAAACACCCUUUCAGUCCUUGCGUUAAGAUCGAGAACCACUCUGAAAAAAGUGAUAUGACCAUCGGAAUGCUGUCUCAAAAGGUCGAACUGUUGACCUGUGAGAAUGGAGCCUUGAAACAGCGAUGCCAGGAGAUAGUCAACCAGCUGACAGAAGCCGACCGAGAAAUCGACCGCCUCAAAGCAGAACUGAUCUGCCAGCAAGGCGGCAAGCAGCACCAUCUCAUCAUGGAGGAGCUCAAGAUGCUAAAGACAGAGCUAGCGGAGAAUCAGGCUAACGCUAUUGACAGAGAGUACUAUGAGAGGGAGCUCAAUGAGAAGUCUCUAAGACUCCAUGAAGCUCUUGUUACCCUGGAAGAGCUUGGGACUACCCUCAAAGACACUGAAAAGAAACUCCAGCUGAAGGAGGCUACCUUAAAAGGUCUGGGCUUCACCGCGGACAUGGAAGGCGAAGACUUACAACCUGAAAAAGACCAACUCCAAGAGCUCCUAGAAACUUCACAUACCAAACUGCAGGAGACCGAAGCGCAGCUAGAGUCUACAGAACAGAGGUGUAAAGAAUUUGAGAAUAGGAACAAAGAACUUACAAGACUAAACCAGGAGUCAGAGGCUGUUUUAAAGGAGAGACUAACACAGAUGGAAGAGGAAAUCCAGAUGCUACGAGGCAAGUUAGAAACACAGAGUAGAUUAGAAAAGCCUGAGUAUGUUCAGACAAGAGAUGUGCAGGUCGCUGAUAAAGAAGAACAAAUGGUAGAAGAGUUUGAGAGGAAAUCAGAGGCACUUAGGCAAGUUUUAGACAUGGUAGAUCAGGCAGAAGUUAACGUAGAAAGAAUGCUGUUGGAUCUGAGAAGCACUUUAUUUGAGGCACCACAAGAUGGACCGUUGGUGGUUAGCCGAGCAGACUGGAGAGUAGCUGUGGAAGGGGAAUUCUGGAGCCAGAUGAGUCAAAUACACCCAAGUGUAGAUAGGUCUCGCAUCGAGUUUACAAGUUUGGUCGGAGAAAUAAUUGCACAAGAACAGGCGAAUUUAAAAAUACGGAGGAUAUGUCACCAUGCAAAAAGUGAUGAGGCCUCAGAAGAUUUCGCAGCAAUAUAUAGUUGGUUUGACAUUGACACAUACAGUUUAAUUCUUCAAGAGUUGAGAAAUGCUUUGCAAGAAAAGUUGGAUUUGUCAGUAGAAAUGGUCUCAGGUUUAAAGCAAAAAGAUGAGAGGUUUAUAUCUUUGGCUCAAGAUAGCAAAGCCUUAGAGGGGCGACAGAAACACUUGUCGGAUUAUCUGCAUAAUGCUUUUAAGGAGGCUAGCUGGGCAUAUGUGAUGAUAAGGAUGAAUGUUGAGCAUGCCAGAAAGCAGUCUGAGAUGCUGGCAGGUAAUCUAGAGUGUACAAACUGUCUAACAUUAAAAGAAUUGGCAAGUAAUCUCCAAUCGAAAGUUGAUGACCUACAAAGUCAAAUAUCUGAGGUAGACCUAAAGAUACAAAUUGAAGGCAAGGCUAUAGAUUCAGUGGAUAAGACAAUAGAACUUCAGGACAUGUUAGCAAAGCACAAAAAGGAACUGAGGGAGCUUAAAGAAUCCUAUGAACAGGAAAAUCACAACUUACAGCAGGACUUGGCAAAAGUCAGUGAGGCGUUACACCUCCGUUCUGAGGAAAAUGUCAAAGAGAUUGACUCCCUGACUAACUGCAUGGAGAACCUCCAGAAGAAGCACGAAGCCGAACGGAAACACCUCACUGAGAAGUUUAAUCAGGAGACCGAGGAGCUUUGGAAUUUAGCCAAUCAAGCAAAUCUGGUUGACAAUAUAGCUUUUUCUCCCCAAACGCUAAAAGAGCACAUCCAAGAGCUGGUCCGCCAAGUGUCAGCUAUGAGCGAGGAGAAGAGGCAGCGCGAGGAGCAGGACGACCCCAGUACGCUGCAGCGGAAAUACGAGCAGGAGCUGGAGAACCUCAAGGCCACGUGUGAGCGGGGGUUUGCUGCCAUGGAGGAGUCCCAUCAGAAGGUGAUCGAUGAGCUGCAGAAGAAACACCAGAGGGAGCUAGAGAACCUGCAGGAGGAGAAGGAGAGGCUGCUGGCAGAGGAGACGGCGGCUACUAUAGCGGCUAUUGAAGCGAUGAAGAACGCCCACCGGACUGAGCUGGAGAAGGAGCUGGACAAGGCUCGGAAAGCCAACAAUAAUGCUGAGAACGCAGACAUGGAAGAGGUCCGCAGGCAACACGAAGAGGAGCUGGGGUCGUUCCAGAGGGAGAUCGAGGUGCUGUCGGAGCAGUACUCUCAGAAGUGUCUGGAGAAUGCUCACCUGGCCCAGGCCCUGGAGGCUGAGAGGCAGGCUCUGAGGCAGUGCCAACGGGAGAACCAGGAGCUCAAUGCACAUAACCAGGAGCUGAACAACCGUUUGGCAGCAGAGAUCACCAGGAUGCGCUCCAUGGUGUCCGAGGAGGGCUCUGGGGAGGGCACCACAAUACAGGGCAAAGAACUCUACGAGCUAGAGGUGAUGCUGAGGGUGAAGGAGUCUGAAGUGCAGUACCUCAAACAGGAGAUCAACUCUCUGAAAGACGAGCUCCAGGCAGCGCAGCGAGACAAGAAGUAUGCUACGGACAAAUACAAGGACAUCUACACAGAGCUGAGCAUCGUGAAGGCCAAAGCUGAGCGAGACCUUGGGCGUCUCCGGGAACAGUUACAGCUGGCCCAUGAGGCACUGGGGGAGGCGGAGCUGGAGGAGGUGGACCGCGGAGGAUACGACAUCAUGAAGUCCAAAAGCAACCCAGACAUUCUGAAGAUGGCAGCUGCCGCUGCCAAACGCUCGGAGCGCACUAUGAGGUCAAAGUCUGUGAGUCGAGACAUGCCCUGGGACAGUUAGGGCCGCAGCAGAGAGCGCCUCUGCUCCUGAGAGUCUAAAGGAGGGCCUGACCGCAGAACAGCGCCUCCACCUGUUCGACAACAAGGACCCGAAAGAGUUCUGAGCGCUGCAUGUUCAAACGCCCACUGCAUUUUAGCUCCUAUCGUACCACACUACACUGGCCACACCCCUUCCUAUGUUAUUCGGAAUAUGGUAUGAAGUUUGAGUUUAUAGUCGGCAUUCCCUGCACUUCAGUUAACUGUGACUUUUUUGUAAUUUUUUUUUUUUUUUUUUUUUGCUGCCAUGUCUUACUGUAAAUACUGUUUUUAAUAAUGAACAUCCGUCAACACUAAAAAAAAAAAAAAAUCUGUGUAAGCUACUGUUUUAACUCCCCGGACUGUUGCUAGCCACAAAUGUGACGGUGAAUGGCUAAACUAUGGCAGCCUGAGAAGGUCAAAACUACUUAACAACUUUGUGUAAGAAUGUAGAAAUGGAAUUGAUAUUUUUCUGAUAUUUUAAGACUUUGCAAAUGACCAGUUUUAAAAUACUUGAGCAAAAAUAGUUUUAAUUUAUGCCCAAAUUAUAGAAUUUCAAGAUGAACUAAUUUUUAAAGGCAGUUUGGAGCUAGCUUUGUGUGAUUGCAUAAUUUUCUGCUCAGUACACACUUUUGUGCACUGGGAGGCACUGUCCCACUGUUCAUUAUGAUUUCCCAAGCUUUGUCUCAUUAGUGAAAACAUAUUACAUAGUUUAAACAUUUAUAAAAGUCACCAUUUGGGGAAAAAAACAAACAAAUAUUCUCAGUUUGUUUCUUACGUUGUGAAUUAGUUUUGUCCUUCUCAGCCUUCCGUACCUAACAGCUCCAUUUUGAUGAGCGAGUAUUACUUGCAUAACAAAUAUUUAUGAAUGAAUAGUGUGCAUGUUUUUGUUUUCACCUCCUCCUCUAUCAUUCCUGCUCGCUAAAAGCACAAGCUCACCACAGCACUACCGAACAACAAUCUUCCAGAUGGCUGCGAUAUCUACAACUAACUUCACCCACGUUUCACACAGCUCAAGCAUAUGAAUGAUCCUUUGAGUAGAUACUUUUAUAGAGUUUCCCUCACUACAAUCAUUGCAGUUUGUCUUUUUCAGUGGCAGUCCCUUUGUAUUUAUUUAAAUGGCUGGGGUAUUCACAUUCCCACGCCUCUGUACUCUUAUUGUAAAUAUAAAGCAAAUAUACACCAACUGACAACAGGUUUAUUAGCAAUAAAUAUUUUUGCACCCUUUGA